CCGGCGACACGUGUUCCAGAAGAGUUUCCUUUCAGUAGUUUUCACGCAAAAAAAAAAGUCAAUCCCUUAGUACUCGACGAUGGAGAUCGAUCUGGUGUACCUGGUGUCCCUGAUAGGGAUCCUGGGGGGCUUGUAUUACUAUCUUACCCGCAACAACAAAUACUUUCACGACAAACCGAUCCCUUCGCUAGCGGUUGAACCAUUGUUCGGUAGCUCGCGGAGUCUGUUCCUUAAGAAAACGUCCUUCAGCGGGUUUAUCGUGGACAUUUACAACAAGUUCCCGUCGGUGAAGGUGCUGGGAAUGUUCGAUUUGACUACGCCCGUCUUCUUCGUGCGCGACCCGGAGCUUAUUAAGCGCAUCGGCGUGAAGGACUUUGAUUACUUCGUCAACCACCGGCAGGCAUUCGGGGCGUCCGAUGAUCCUAAUUCGGGAGCUCUGUUCGGCAAGACGCUGAUCGGGUUGCAGGAUCAAAAGUGGCGCGAUAUGCGCGCUACCCUUAGCCCGGCCUUCACAGGGAGCAAGAUGCGGCAGAUGUUUGAGCUGAUCGUCGAGUGUAGCGUGAAUAUGGUGAAGCACUACGAAGGUGAAGUUCGCACCAAGGGAGGCCCGCAGGAGCACGAGAUGAAGGAUGUUUUUACGCGCUUUGCCAACGAUGUGAUUGCCACGUGUGCGUUCGGCAUUAAGGUGGAUUCGCUGCGCAAUACCGAUAAUGAUUUCUACACCAACGGGAAAAAGAUGAUGGCGUUCAAUCGACCGAUCGUGCUGCUGAAGUUGUUCGGACUGCGGCUUGUUCCCAAGCUGAUGGAUCGGCUCGGGCUGGAUCUGUUUGAUCGUGAGCAGAACCGCUACUUCACCGAGAUCAUCCGUGAUACGGUGCGUACGCGGGAUGCGCACGGAAUCGUGCGUCCGGACAUGGUGCAUCUGCUGAUGCAGGCCCGCAAGGGUGCCCUCAAGUACCAGGAGCAGGAAAAGGAAGGUGAAACGGCAACCGGAUUUGCGACGGUCGUGGAAUCGGAAAUCGGGCGUAUGGUGGCCAACGGUGAGAAGGUGACGCCCAUGACGGAGAUGGAGAUGAUUGCACAGUGUCUGAUCUUUUUCCUCGCCGGUUUCGAUACCGUUUCGACCUGUUUGACCUUCCUCUCGUAUGAGCUCACCGUCAAUCAGGACGUACAGCGGAAACUGUACGAGGAGAUCGUCGAAACGAAGAACUCCCUCAACGGUGGCCCACUCACGUACGAUGCCGUCAAUAAGAUGCGCUACAUGGACAUGGUGGUGUCGGAGUCGUUGCGUAUGUGGUCACCGGCACCAUCCACCGAUCGGGAGUGUGUAAAGGAUUACGUGGUCGAUGAUGGUGCGGGAACGCGGUACACAAUCGAUAAGGGUACGACCGUGUUCAUACCGAUCGCCGGUCUACACAUGGACCCACAGUACUACCCCAAUCCGACCAAGUUCGAUCCGGAGCGGUUCAGCGAGGAGAACAAACACAAAAUCAAUCCUUCCACCUAUCUACCGUUUGGGAUUGGGCCGCGGAACUGCAUCGGUUCGCGGUUCGCGCUGAUGGAGGUUAAGGCCAUCAUCUACUACAUGCUGUUGGCGUUCUCGUUCGAGCGAACGGCCAACACGCAGGUACCGUUGCGGUUGGCGAAAGGAUUCGCCGGGAUGCGCAGUGAGAAGGGUGUGUUUGUCGAGUUCCGGCCGCGAAAGUGAUUAUCCUCCCUGCCCUGAUAUUGAUAUAAUCGAUCGCCUCUAGCCUCUAGCCCAGUGAAUGAUGCUAGAUACUUUUGAGUCGCCAAGCGAUCGUUUUUUACCGUAGUUUUAGCUUACAUUAUAAGUCAAGUCCGUGUACCGUGUAUUGUUGUGUCUUUGUUGUGUUAGUUAGAUUAACAAACGUUUAUUGUGAUUAUUGCCACGUGAGAUGGAUGAAGGAACCAAUAAUAAACGAAAUAAAUAUUACAAUUGCUCGCACCCUUAACAAACGAUGCCCCUGCCCAAUGGAAUUCAUCACAACCAGGUUCGGUUUAGUUACAUACAAUCCGGUGAGAGAUCCGUCAGUUACCGUCGUGGUUAAUUCAUUUACUUAGCCUAGCCUACCUUCCUCCUUUCCUCCUUCUCCCCGUAGUACGAACCGCUGCACAACCG